GGCAAUUUCAUAUUCUGCUGAUUCUAUGUGCUCAUUUUCACUGCGAACUUAUUUUUGAGAUUUUGAUUUACGUCAUAUUUAGUGUUUUCUAGCCUUCAGGGAAAGCUUUUAAAGAUGACGAUCUAUAACCUAUACAUAUUUGAUCGGUUUGGGACCUGUUUAUUUUACCAGGAAUGGAACAGAUCCAAGCAAUCUGGAAUGUCAAAAGAUGAGGAGUAUAAGCUGAUGUAUGGUCUAAUAUUUUCUAUCAAGUCCUUUAUCAGCAGAAUAUCACCAAUGGAUUUCAAAGAUGGCUUUCUAAACUACUGUACUAACUGCUACAAGCUUCACUUCUUCGAGACACCGAGCGGCCUCAAGUUCAUUCUCAACUCAAGCCUGAACGUUGGACCUAUGAGAGAAAUCCUCCAACAUUUAUAUAGUGCAAUCUAUGUAGACCUGAUCGUUAGAAAUCCGUUAUGUCCACUCAACAAACCCAUUGAGAGCAUGCUAUUCAAGACCAAGCUGGAUGCGUAUAUACGAGGCUUGCCCGCGUUCACUACGGACGAAUGAACUCUGUCCUCUGAAGGAGGUCAAUCAUCCUGUGAACUGUUCUCCCAUACCUGGGAUAUAUCUGAAGAGCGUUUCAUCGACAAUUGUCAUCUGACAGACAAGUUGUCAGAUCUGACAACUUUAUUUUGACUAGCUGAGAAGCACUGUGACUAUAAUGUCAAUUGUUGGAUGAAACAGGACUUGUCGC